AUGGCUCGCAUGAAACACGGCGUCUUCUCCUGGGAGGACGUACUCGCCCAACGAUACCAGACUGAAUCCAGGUACAACGAAGCAAUCCACCUUCUUUAUACCCUCAACACAUUCGAGUUUAGUAACCCAUGGUCACUACCGUAUAUGCGCCCCACCAUCCCCACAGAACACUGGGAUUGUAUACGUAAUAUCGAGCUGCGUUGGUCAUUCGAAGGUAUGGGGCUUCCAUGCAAAGAUCCCGUGCGCGCGAUAUACAUUUCUGCCGGACGGGCUCAAUGGAUAGAGACUUGUCGCGUAUUAGCGCUGUUGCCGACAUUGAAGUCAUUCGUGCUUGUCUUGGGUCGUACAUGGUUCAGCGAACCAGUCGAGAAACUACCGGUUUUCCUGGAGCCAUUGCGCGGGUUACGAGUUCAGCGGCGUUCGCGCGCAAUUAGUCGUCAGGUGGAGGCGGUAGAUGAGUAUGAGCUUGGAUCUGGAAGUUCGGAUGAGGAGUCGAGCUCUAGUUUGAGGUUGGGUUCUAGAUCUAGUUCCAGCUCCAGCUCGAGUCUCAGUAUCAACGUUGGUGGUAGUGGAAGUGCCAGCUCUAAAGGAACUUCCACGAUCCUGCACUCAUACUGCUCCUUUUACUCCUCACCACCUUCCUCAACGUCUGCUGACACUGUGCCAUUACCCAUCAAUAAAGCAGAUGGACUGGCAGCGUGGGAACUACGCCUGCAAGGCCAGCCGUAUUAUGUGCACGAGCUGGGUCGUAUGGGCGACGACCUUCGGCGGAGGGGGAUCGACUGUUGCAUCUCAACGAUGUGA